GAGGCUUGGGAUCUAUACUGUUAGCGCCACAGUGUGGCCCUGGAUAUUCCUGCCAAGAAAGGGUUACAUUUUGGAGGCACUGCUGAGAUUACGAUUUGUAGAAUUUCAGUCACAAUGUCAGCUAUUACCCCAGAAGGAGUUAAAAUGUGGGCUCUGCAGGAAGGACUUAAUUUGCCCUGUGCCUUUGCACUUGAUCAUAUUCCCCUACAGUUACCAAAUAAUAUGCUGGAACAGACACUGUCAUCUUACCCAGGCCUGGCUGGUUCUGCUAUAGUCACAUCAUCACUUUCACCUUUACAAGGAUUGAAACAAGUGCUGUGUGUAGCUCAGUCUGAGCUUAACAGAGACAGUAUACCUGCAAUUAUCUAUCCAAAUGGUAUUUCUCCAAGGGGAUGGCCUGUUAUAUAUCCUCCUACUGUUCCUGCUAUGCACCCACAAUGCUCUUCCAGUCCCAUGUCUGUGCAGCCAGACUCCUGCAGCAUACUUAUUGAAAAUGACACUUCAUACAUAUCACCUCAAUAUCCUAAUUUUGAGUGGCGACCUCCUCCAGCACCUCACCCAUUCACUAGCCUAGACACAAUUGCACCUAUAUUUGCUGAAAGCAUACAGAAAGUGACUGAAGCUAGUCUACGGUUAUGGCAAGAGACUGUCUGGAGUGUAAAGAAGUAUUUUUCUGGUACUGAACCAGUACCCAAAGGGGAAGAAGUGUUUACUGACUGGAUAGAGUACAUCCGCCCAUUGUUAGAGGAAUGGGAGGGAACUGAUAAAAUGAAGCAACGCAGACUAAUGGAGCUAGUAAGACCCCCUGCUUUGAUUUUCUUACAAGCCCAUAACACUAAACACCCUGAUUGUACUGUUAAAGAUUUAUUACAAGCUUUGAUAACUCGCUAUGAGAAAUAUGAGGAUCUUCAACAACGUCUUGCUAAGUUUCAAGCUAUGCGACAACUUAAAGGUGAGAGAGCAUCUGUCUUCAUUAGCAGAGUGUCUAACGAACUGAAUUACCUCAUAUUCAAAAAGAUAAUUCCUGCAACUCAGGAAGUGUCUCAACUUCACAGGCAAGUAAAGUGGGGAUCAGACCCCCAUCACCCUGUCAAUCUUGCUGUGCAAGCUUACAUGAGAUACAACCCAGAUGCUGUAACAGGGGAUCUCUUAAGAACUGCAGAGGAGGAAGAAGCCAGAAUAGACUUCUAUUAUGCAUCUUCUACCCAAGCUUCAGAUUUAAAUCAGAAAGAGAACCCUUCAAAAGCUCCAUCCCAGACUGUUCCACAGCCUGCAAAGAGCCAGCCAGCUGGAGCACCAUUAUUUCCUAAAUCCCAGAAAUUUUUCUGCGAGCAUUGUCGAAAACAAGGCCAUGACAUCACUAAAUGCCCUCGUAAGGUACAAGCUACUCCUGUGCAAAGCCAAGCUGGAGAAUGUAACUCAAUCAGACAUAAGAAACGGAAGCCUAACCACCCAAAACCACUUGUUGGGGUAGGGCGGAAGUGCAUCUUCCAUCUGACUGUGAAUGAUGUUCCGACUACUGCAUUAUUUGACACUGGAUCACAGAUAACCAUCAUUGGUCGUCCUUUCUACCAGAAACAUUUAUCCCACCUACCCUUGACUCCAGCUGAUGACAUAGAGGUAGUAGGUGUGGGUGCCAAAUCUGCUUGUAUGGAUGGAAAAGUGGAAGUUGAUCUCCGAAUUCCUGGGAUAACUUCUGAAGAUGAACCACCUCUCAAAGUGGUUGCUUAUAUUUGUCCUCCUGCUGCUCAUAGGACAUCUGCACCACUCAUCGUGGGAUCUAAUGUGAAAGCAGUUGAAGAUGCUUUUCUAAAGUUUCUGCAAUUACAAGGCACCACUGAUGUUUCUUCCUUCCCUGUGUCAGCAGCAGUAAAGAGACUGUGUCAAGCCUUUGUACCCGAAUUUUGUCAGGGCCCUGUGUACAGACUAAACGGGCCUGCUAUGGAAAUUCCAGCUGGGCAAGCACGACUGAUAAAGGUUACCAGAUCUCUGCCUAUGGAAUGUGACACCCAAAGCUAUUUUCUUCUGGAAACUCCACCUGAACAAGUGGCAAAGCAUGGUUGGGAACUAAUUCCAGAAAGAAAAGAUUGGCGAGAGGGGAUGCCCGAGUUUGAUUGGGUUGUUCUGCAAAAUCACAACCCUUGGCCUAUUACAGUAAACGAAUUUGAUGAAGUUGGAGUGUGUUACUCGGUUCAGGAAGUUACAUCUGAAUCAGAAGUAUGUUCUGCACAUAUUGAACCAAAAGAUGCACCUCUUAAUUUUGAUUUUGGGGACUCUCCCAUGCCGAAAGAAGCCAAAGAACUGCUAAUUAAGGAGCUGAACUUCAGAAAAGAUGUGUUCUCCACUGAUGACAUGGAUGUUGGAUGUGCCAAGAGUGCCUGUCAUACCAUUCGCUUAGCAGAUUCUAAACCUUUCAGGGAGAGAUCUAGGAAGCUGCCACCCCGAGACAUUGAAGAUGUGCGUACAUGUCUGAAGAAGAUGAAAGAUCAGAAUAUAAUCACAGAUUCCAGAAGUCCUUAUGCUUCCCCUAUUGUGGUGGUUCGGAAAAAGGAUGGAUCUGUUCGUCUGUGUGUCGACUACCGUACAUUAAAUCGGAGAACCAUACCUGACCAAUACACUUUGCCCAGGAUUGAAGAUUCCUUGGAAGCUUUAAGUGGCAGUAAGUGGUUUACAGUGAUGGAUCUUAGAUCUGGAUACUAUCAAGUACCCAUGUCCCCUGAGGAUCAAGAGAAAACUGCCUUCAUUUGUCCUCUGGGAUUUUACCAAUUUACCCGAAUGCCUCAAGGUAUUUGCGGGGCCCCCGCCACAUUCCAGAGACUUAUGGAAAAAGUAUUGGGAGAUCUAUGCCCCCGAGAGUGUCUUGUAUACCUUGAUGACAUCAUUGUGUUCGGAAGUACUCUAGAAGAGCACCAUGAAAGACUCAUUCGUGUGAUUGACAGACUUCAAGAAGAAGGUCUAAAGUUGUCUAUUGACAAAUGCAAAUUUGGCCGUACCUCAGUACACUAUGUGGGACAUAUUGUGUCUGCUGAAGGCGUAUCCACUGAUCCUGCUAAAAUAGAAGCAGUGGUGAAUUGGCCACAACCAAACAACCUCACAGAGCUUAGGUCAUUCCUAGGGUUUUGUGGCUAUUACAGAAGAUUUGUGGAGGGAUAUUCUAAGUUGGCAAAACCCUUACAUGCCUUACUGACCCUCACCUCAACUGAUGAAAAGGCUGCCAAAAGUUCCAAAUUACCCUUUGGGGAUAAGUGGACUGAUGCCUGUACUGAAGCCUUUGCUGCUUUGAAGAAAUGUCUCACAGAAGCUCCUGUGUUGGCUUAUGCAGAUCCUACAAAGCCCUAUAUCCUCCAUGUGGAUGCCAGCUAUGACGGCUUGGGAGGAGUUCUUCAUCAAGAGUACCCCGGAGGAUUGCGUCCAGUGGCAUAUAUCAGCCGAAGUUUGACUCCAAGUGAGAAAAACUAUCCAGUGCACAAGUUAGAGUUUCUGGCACUUAAGUGGGCCAUUGUUGACAAACUUCAUGGAUACCUGUAUGGAGUACCAUUUGAAGUAAGAACUGAUAACAACCCUCUAACAUAUGUUCACACCACAGCCAAACUAGAUGCCACAGGCCACAGAUGGUUAGCAGCCUUAUCCAACUAUCAGUUCACACUUAAGUAUAAACCAGGUCCCAAGAAUGUAGGAGCCGAUGCCCUAUCUAGAAGACCUGGCCUACCUGCUACUUCUGAGAAUGAAGAGUGGAAAGAAAUUACACCCUCAGGAGUAAAUGCCUUUUGCCUAGCUUCUGCUGUAAACAGAAGGAAACUCAACUUCUCAGACUUAAGAUUAGUGGAUUCACUGGGUGCCAGACCCAAUUGUGUUCCGGAUGCUUUCAGCUGCCCUGCAAUGCUAGGGAUUGAUCAGUUGCACCCUUUGAAGAAAAAGGAUUUGAUCAGAGCCCAGCAAGCUGACCCUAUCAUUGGACCCCUGAGGAAAGCUGUCCUGCAAAAAGACCAGGAGUACCUUAAGAAGUCUCUGCCUUCUGAUAGCACUAUCCUUUUGAGAGAAUGGGAGAAGUUUCAGAUAGACAAUGGACUCCUGUAUAGGGUACUACUAUACCAUGAUCAUCCUGAUCGACGUCAAUUAGUUCUUCCCAAGAGGUAUAGGCAGUUUGUGCUCAGAAACCUGCAUGACAAACAUGGCCAUUUAGGUAUCGAGAAAAACCUAUGGCUUGAUUCAAGAUAG